AUGUCGACCCUUCCACUUCCAGGCGGAGACCUCAGCGCUCGAACGGCAGCAAAAUCCCCAAGACUAAAGGAACUCCUAUUUUCUCAAACACAGAAUGGCUACACAACCAUUUCCAUCCCAGCCACCUACGGCUACAACACAGGCCUCUCACCCGGCGCAAUUGCCGGCAUAGUCCUCGGCAGUGUCGCGGGUCUCUGCAUACUCCUCUACAUCCUAUUCAUCAGCCUGUUAAAAGUAGGCUUCAAGCCACACGGGAAUCGAGGCGGUCCCAUCACCGCCAGGUCCAUGACAUCAAGGACUAUUGACGAGGAAGUAGUCCGCAGUCGGCGCGGAUCCCGAUCUCCACGACGUCGGGGCUCAGUGAUUGAAGUCGUUGAAGAUCGGCGCGGUAAUAGUUAUCGCCGGGCUCCGUCGCACGAUCACGUUGUUGUCGAGGAGUCGGAAUCUGGAACUGCUACUACUGAUCCGCGGAAUGUUGUCGAGGUUUUUGAGGAGGAGUCUUCUGUUUCGUCUGCUUCGAGGCCGUCGAGACGGUCUAGGAGUCAUCGGUCUAGAACGCGCAUUGUUGAGCCUCAUGAUCAUGGUAGCUCGCAUGGUGGGAGUCAGUAUUAA